CUCGUCGAUAGCUAGGAUGGAGCACCAGGGGCAGCACGGCCACGCUACCAACCAAGCCAGCGAGUACGGCAACCCAGUUGCUACUGGGCAUGGCGCCACCAGCGUGGGUGCUGCUGCCGGCGAGCAGGUCCAUCAUCCCAAUCCCAUGAGGGACGACCACAAGACCGACGGCCUCCUGCGCCGCUCCGGCAGCUCAUCCAGCUCCAGCUCGUCUGAGGAUGACGGCAUGGGCGGGAGGAGGAAGAAGGGCCUCAAGGAGAAGAUCAAGGAGAAGCUGCCUGGGGGGCACAAGGACAGCAACCAGCAGGACACGGCAACUGGCGCAACCGGCACUGGUGCGCACGGCACGGAGGGCACAGGAGAAAAGAAGGGUCUCAUGGACAAGAUCAAGGAGAAGCUCCCCGGGCAGCACUGAGCUAUCCAAUUGACGUGAAUGCUAGCUCGAUCUGGUUGCUACAUAUGGAUCAGUUGUCAAUAAAUGGUCGUUUGCAGUGACGGCAUGUGUGGU